CUUUCAUUCCUAGUUCUCCAAGCCUAGAUGCUUUUAAGUUUAUAGCAAGGAAUGGCUGAAUCAACUCCUCUUCUCUCCCAAUUCAAUUCUCCACCAGAAUCAAAACGUCCGUCCCUUAACGAAGCGAUUGAAGAAUGUAUAGCAGAUUUUGGGUUUGCCCAAUUCGUUCAAGCAGUUUUGGUGUCAUUUGCAUGGGUUUUUGACGCACAGCAAACGUUCAUUAGCGUUUUCACUGAAGUCGAACCAUCUUGGCACUGCACUUAUCAGCUCAGAAAUGGAUCGUGUGACUCAGUAUUCUCCAACAUCUGUCAACUUCCCAGAGAUUCAUGGGCAUGGGAUAGGCCAAUACACUCAUCAAUAGUAUCAGAAUGGGAACUUCAGUGCUGGAGUUCACUCAUCAAAGGACUUCCAGCAUCUUCAUUCUUUAUGGGAUGCCUAGCCGGUGGACUAGUUCUAGCCACACUAGCUGACUCUUCUCUUGGUCGCAAGAAUUUGCUCUUUCUCUCAUGUCUAUUGAUGUCUUUCUCUGCUUUAAUCACUGUUUUCGCAUCAAAUAUUUGGAUUUACUCAGCUUUAAAGUUUCUCAAUGGUUUUGGCCGGGCAACAAUCGGGACAUGUGCUCUCGUGUUAUCAUCAGAACUAGUCGGGAAACGGUGGCGAGGCCAGGUAGGAGUCCUUGGUUUCCUUUGCUUCACACUAGGGUUUUUGUCAUUACCAGCCAUUGCUUAUAUAAACAGAGAUUCUUCUUGGAGAACUCUCUAUCUCUGGACAUCUAUACCCACUUUUUUCUACUGCAUAUUAGUUCAUUUCUUGGUCCGUGAAUCUCCCAGGUGGCUUCUCGUGCGUGGUCGCAAAGACGAAGCUGUAUCAGUAAUAACUAGUAUUGCCGCCACUAAAAAUAAUCUCAUCACCAAGAACUUGUCCGGUUUGGAAAUUGAGCAAGAGCCUUUGAAUGAUGAUAUUUACUCGGCAAUCAAGAUUCUACUAAAGAAAAAAUUACGAAGAUUAUCGGCUGUUAUGGUAAUAGCAUUUGGCUCUGGAUUUGUGUACUAUGGCAUGCCAUUAGGUCUAAGUAAUUUGAACUUCAAUCUCUACUUAAGUGUCACGUUUAAUGCCUUAUCUGAGCUCCCAGCAUCACUGGUCACAUUCUUCUUCAUAGAUAAGUUCAACAGAAAAUGUUCACUGCUGGUUUUCAACGGUAUAAGUGGAAUUUGCAGCAUUUUAUGUGUGGUAAUGGGAAAAAUAUCAGGAAAUUUACAAAUAGGAUUGGAGAUGGUAUCUUUCUUUAGUGCCUGUACAGGAUUCAACAUUCUAUUAAUAUACACAAUUGAGUUGUUUCCUACAAGUGUGAGGAACUCAGCAUUAUCCAUGGUAAGACAAGCACUUGUAUUUGGAGGUUUGUUCAGUCCAUUACUAGUCGCUGCUGCAAGCAAAAAUGGGUUUGUAUCGUAUGGAAUAUUUGGAUUGGUGAUAGGGAUUUGUGGAUUGUUCGUCAUAAGCCUGCCAGAGACAAGAGGGAAGACACUUUGCGACACAAUGGAAGAAGAAGAGCACAAAGAAGAAAGAUCUAGACUGUAAAAUAUUCCUUGUAAUGGGAAAAAUUAUUGAGUAAAAUCCUGUCAUUACUAAUGUUAAUCAUAAAUUAUGGUGGAUUUUACAUGUGACAGAUCAUGAAGUCUAGAAUCCAAACUAGUUUCAUUUGUAUUGUUUAUUAUUAUUUGGUCAAUCGAAAAAAAAAAAACAUGAUUUUAUAUUUUUAUCCAAA